AUGGAGUCUACCUCUACGUCUGGUAGACUGAAAGUCACGGUGUGGGGUAAUAGCACGGUGGCCGAAAUAGUUUGCGAGCCUCUCCAAGAAGUGGGCGCUGUCGUGGCCGGGCUUCCAACGGGCCCGUUGUCGCCGCCGCAAGUGUUGCCCUUGACGGCACCCCUGCCCCCUCCCUCGGCACUGUCCGCUCCCCCGGCGGCGCUGCUUUUCCUUGGCGGCUCCAAAGCGCCAGUGGACCCCAGGGCCUCAGCGACCGCGUUGGAGGGAGAGGUCAUCGUCGUGGAAAACGAACCGCCGCAGUGGGAUGGCAAAGAUUUGGAGACCUUCCUCGCCUGGGAAAAGAUAUACGCCUCAACGUUAUUCUCAGCCUUGGAGCUGUAUGGCAAGCCAUUAUUGCGCGCAGCUGUCAUCACGCGAGAAGAAUACCAUUUACUGUUCUAUUAUCUGGAAUCCGUGUCAGAAGCUAGUGAGGCAUUGGCUGAGCGAAUGAGAAAAUACAUCGAUUCGGGCUUGCUGAUAAGUGAAAGACUUAAAGAAGAUAUUGACACUUUGGUGGAGACAAAAGAAAGCGUUGAUGAGGAAGAGCCUAAAAGCCUUCUGACGGAGCUUAUAAAUGAAGGUGUAUUAACGCAGAGGGAUAUCGACUGCAAUUCUGAAAUUGCUAAUUCUGAGUGCAAUGAACAGGGCGAGGACAAUCGCAAAGUAGACGACGCAGAUAACAGUUCGAAUGCGUCUUCUGUAGGCGUUAGCCUUCGUAAGAUAUUUGUGGACAUUCCAGUUGAUAAUAAAGAUCAAGAUGCUAAUAGUAUCGUGGUUGAAAAUGAAAAUGAUAGCUCAACAUCUGUAACAUUAAGAAACAGCAGACAGUGUUGCACUGAUCAUAGAAUAUCAGCUGAUGCAUCAGAGAACGUAUGGGCAAAUGUGCGAUGGGACUUUCUCAACCCCACGGACUUCGGUUAUGAUCAAGUCCGUAGCGUGAAGAGGAGUCGAUCUGAAUCGGCGAUAACACCCAUUGCCGCUCGGCGGCGAAAUGACGAGAUAUAUGAGAUACUACGCGACGAGGGUGAAUCUUGUGCUAGUAUGACACCAUAUGAAUCGAUAGAAGAUUUAUAUGACUGUAUUAAGAAUACCUCUUACAUUAGCGCUGCGGCCGUAGAGUCAUCUCCAUCCACUGAGAGCCAGUCUGAACCUCAAUACCCGGACUACGACGAAAAAUCGAUUACAACUCGUCAGAGUUCCGCGAGCAGCGACAAAAGUUGUACCUCAUCCGCAUUUCCAUUUUCUAAAUGCGGAUCGAGCGACUCGACCGGUGCAUACACGUCUUGCGAGUCGACAAGUGGCAUAGUUGCUUUCGCACCUAAGAGCGUCCCUGAGUCGCUGAAAAGCCGGGAAUUGCCUCCGCCGCCGUCGCAAGGUGAAAUAAGUGAGAGUGCUAUUUUGCUCAAGCAACUGUUUAUGGGAGAGCUGUUGGACGCUUACGGGGAGUAUCUGUCGGCGUAUCCGUACGCUAGGGCGCUGUUGCGACGGAAGGCACGGCGCGACGAACACUUCACGGCGCUAGCGGACAUCAGAAGGGGCGCCGCCAAGUACACGAUAGCGGAGUACCUCGAGUUGCCGAUUGAGGGUCGGUUUGAUCGCGGCCGCUGCGAUGAUACUCGGGUCUCGCACGCGCCGCCAUUCAAUGCUAAUGGGCCGGAAGACUUCACGUGCAACUCUCUCUCGCCCGACCGCGGGCAUUGUGUUCCCGAUGCCGCUUCAGGUUUCGAAGCGACGCGGGAAAAUUUUAUCGUGCUU